AUGGGACGAAGGACUCUCCAGGAGCUCGUCCAAGACGCAGGAAUCAAUCCUGUCCAGACUCGCCAGCCUUGCCUCCCAGCGCCAACCCAGCCUGCCAUCAUCGCCAGCGAGGAGGACCACAGUCACGCUCGGAAUCUGCUCGUGGAGCAGAGGCGCAAUGACCCAGGCUACAAGGAGCCCGGGAAGCAAUUGAAAAGAAUUUUCCGAUCCUCCAAGACGAACGAGAAGCUGCAGGACGUUGGUCAAUGGGAAUUCACCCAGCACGAACUCGACCAGGCCCUGUCGGCAGUAAUCGAUAAGCAGACGGCGAGCGUGGGCCUCGUUCAAGCUUUCAUUAGCCUGGGUGCCAAGGUGAAUUUCGUCGAGCCUGCUGACCCGAAGAACAAGAUUGGGAAGCAGCCGACUGUCUCGAACAUCUCUGCUCGAAGGAGGAGUACGGUGUUGCAGAGGGCUGCCACGCUGAGGAAGGCCGAUUCUGUGAGUCUGCUGGCGAGCUCUGGUGCGGAUCAGACUACGCUCGACGAGGCAUUGCGAGCAGCGCUUGCGGCGAACGACCAUUCGUGUGUACAGGAGUUGCUCCGCCAUGGAGCGAAUGUCAACGUCAUCCCGCAGGCACUCGCAGAUGCAGUUCGAUCAAACGACCAGAAUCUCGUGAGACUGCUUUUGAGGGCACCGAAGGCAUUGAGACCUGAGGUCAUAUCGUCGUGUCUCCCAGCUGCAGUCCAAGCGAAGAGUGAAAACGUGCUGUCGCUGCUCACGAGCUAUGGCGCCGACCCAAACUUCAACGAGGCCAGCGCCUUGAAGAUGGCAAUCUCAGCACGCGAGUACCGCCUGGCUAUCAUUCUAGUUGCGGGGCCAAUUCGUAUGAUGCCAGCGUCUCUGCAAUACGCUCUCGAUCCCGCGUUGCGAGCACCGACUGUGCAAGAAAUACAUCAAUUCAUUCAGCUACUAUUAACUUGCGGCUUGCCAUCCAACACUUCAGGACUCCCCGGUCUCCUGAUCUCGGCUUGCAAGCGGAACGACACCCCACUCGCGCAUUUACUGCUCGAGCACGGAGUCCCAACGUCAGUGAACGAAGCCGAAUGUCUUCGUUGCGCCAUCUCCAACGCGAACUGGCCACUGGUCGAUGCCAUCUUGAGAACGCCAGUCUCGUCCUCCCAAGCAUCUGCAGCACUCGCAGCCCUACCAGACAGCAUCCCCAAACACGAAAGAUCACGCAUCGUGGGCGCCCUACUACAAAAGGGCGCCAACGGGCCUCCACUGGGUCGAUGGCUCGUCAAAGCCGUUGAAGAAGCCGACGCCGAACUUACAGAUCUCCUCCUCCACGCUGGAGCUCCCCUUGCAUCGGACAACAACCGAGCGUUACAACUAGCUGUGAUGAGGAAAGACUCCGCAAGCCUCCAACGCCUCCUCGGCGCAAAGCCGUCUCCCGAAUCCCUCUCCGCCCUGUUUCCCCUCCUCCGCCAGGGACACUCGCCCAAGGAACGGCUGGAGACCACGCGCUUGCUGCUUGAGCAUGGAGCUCGCGGAAAGCAAGUCGACGUCGCGCUGCUGAAGGCAGUGGAAGACGUAUCGAACACGCGGGACCUCCGCCUGAUCACGGAGCUGGUCCGCUCCGGUGCAGAUGUCAACCACGACAGUGGGAAAUGCAUCCACCUGGCAGCCUCUCAAGGCGACGUCCCCAUCCUCCAGCUGCUCUACAAGGCUAAGCCGUCACUCGCAACGACCUCAUCUGCACUUCCAAAGGCAUUCAACGCCAAUCGCAGACGCCGGGCCGAGACGUCCAAGGUCCUCGACAUCCUCCUCGCGAACGGGGUGGAGGAGAAGUCGGGCAGUGAGACUGUUUGCAUAGCAGUGCAGGGAGGACCCGAGAACCUCGACAUCAUCACCCGACUGAUUGGCGCCGACAAACGACUCCUGGGCCCGGCUUUCGAUGGCGCCAUCCAACUCGACGAUGCACGUGCAAAGGCAUCAGUAUUGAGACACCUCCUGGGCAUGGGGAUAUCUCAGGUCGUUCUCGACGAAGCUCUCAUCUCAGAGUCGGAGAGAGCUGUCGGUGCCAGAGGCGAUGCGUCCACGUUGGAACUGCUGCUCGAGAAAGGCGCUUCGGUAGAUUAUAAGCAGGGCAUGGCUCUGUGUACAGUGGUGGCGUCAGGGUCUAGUGGACUAACGAAGCUUCUGUUGGAUUCUAAGAAUAAAGUGUCACCCCAGACUGUCUCAGUGGCUUUUGACAGAUUGAUCGAUGGGUUUGGUAACUUCAGGACCUCUAUGGACCUGGGUGGUAUAGUAGAUAUCGUACAGAGCUUGCUCGUGCAAGGGGUAAGCAAGGACAGCAUCGACUCGGCGCUUCCAAAGACAAUCACUAUGAGGAAACACCACGCUGGCUUCGUCGAUAUCAUCAAACUAUUGCUAGACUACGGGGCCGAUCCAAACCAUGACGAGUCAGCCUCCUUCCUCAUGGCUGCGAAGAGCGAAGACCUCGGCCUCUUCACCAGUCUAUUGGCCUAUACGCCUGACUUUGCCACUCUAAUUCCACUGCUCGCUAGCUCUAACCUCAGAGAGGACGUGCUGGCCGGCACGCUUCAGGCAUGCUUCGAGAAUGGAUGCACGUCGGACCACCUCGAAGUGUCUCCCAGUAAGCAAAAGGCCACUCGAGCACCGCUGUGCUCCAUCAUAGAAGACUUCCCACGCUCCGAACGCCUCGUGAAAGUCCUGCUGGACCACGGGUUCAACCCUGACGUGACCACGGAAGGCACUGUUGAUCCAAGCGUAGGGGCUGAGACUGUGACGGCUCUCGUCUUCGCGCUGGCGCUACCGCAGAAGAAGGUGGCCAGCUCGGUGAUCCUUGCCCUUAUCCAUGCGGGAGCGUCUCCCUCCAGAGCAUCUUCCGUCUCCGAGGUCUCUCCCAUCUCACUGGCUGCCCGCGAGGGGCGUGGGGAUAUUGUUGAAGAACUGUUGAACAGGGGCGCUGACGCCUCGGCACGGGACAAGUGGAAUCGAUCAGCGCUGUUUUACGCCAGCAGCACCUCCGUCCUGCCCACUGUCCAAUUACUAGCUGCGUCUGCUCUUCGAGAUGAUGGCAGCCUGCAGGAGGCCGCGAGAUGCCUGCAGUUGGAAGCUGCAACGGCCCUCGUCAAGCAAGGUCACAAGCCCAACUUUCCGUCACGGCUUCACCGCGGGCGCACCGCCCUAGGGGAGCUCUGCCUCAAUGCAGAGAUCUCCAGCGGUGGCCAACGAAGCAGGGCCCGUCAGUUGAUUAGGCUAUUCCUCGACCACGGGGCCAAUCCGUACUUCAAGGCCCGGAACGAGAGAUCUGCGCUCGUCCUGGCCCUGGACAACGUCCACGACAGCCUGGAGGUCACCGAGGCACUGCUCGAGACCGAGGUGUGCGAGGACAUCAACAACGAGAAACACAUGUUCUGUGACGAAAAGGGGCUCUGGUACUCCCCGAUCAAGUACGUCGAGCUCGUGCCGUCCCACAGCAGGACGCAGCAUAGGCAGGCGCUGCUGGAGCUGCUCCAGGACAAAGGCUGCGAGCCCAAAUAUUACUCUGAGCACGCCGAGCAGCCCAGUGGAGCCGUGGGGAUGCCUGCGGCCAUCCAGAAGCUGGCCGAUCGGCAGAAGGAGCACGAACUCAGCAUGAAGCUGGCGAACGAAUCCAACGAGCACGCUCGAAUGCUCGCCGAGACUAAUCACAGGGAUAUGCUCCGCCGCGAGCGAGAGCAGCAGGAAUUCCAGCAGGCCGCCGCCGUCCAGUCGCAGAGCCACUGGCAGACGCUCGAGCAGCAGAAGCACGACUUCGAGAUGGAGCGCGUGCGCCAGGCCGAGCGAAUGAAGCGCUCCGAGAAGGUUGCGUGGCACAACCUCAUGGUGGAGCAGGAGCGCAACACUGCCGCUGAGCGCCUGGCGAUUGAGGACCGCAAGGCCAGCGCGCAGUUCGCCCACGAGCAGAGGCUGAUCAAGGAGCGGCAGUCAGAGACCGAGCACAGGGCGAACGUGGAGCGGAGAGCGCUGAAGGAAAAGGAGGAUCUGUACGAGAGGAACAUGAAGAGGCAGAAGGAAAUCACGCAGCGGUUGGAUGAGAGUGCCCAACUGCAUGCCAGACUGAGGCAGGAGAGGCCUGCAAUCGAUGGCCCCCAGCAGUGGGGAACCGUAGAUUGA